UCAUUUCACCUGAAGACCCGCCCAGUGAGCAGCUAGCUGAAGGAAAGCACACGAAGGAAGCUAGCUUUAGCUAACGUCAGCUAACCAACUCAACUCUCAGUGAACAACAAGGAUACUUCAGAAGAAAAGUCAUUAUUCUGAAAGUGAGAGACUUCACUUCCAACAUGGAUGUGGAUUACAUCUUUGGACAUGUGAAUGGUGAUCCACCUCCACCUCCACCUUCACCUUCAUCUCCACCUCCACCUCCACCUUCACCUUCAUCUCCACCUCCACCUCCACCUUCAUCUCCACCUCCACCUCCACCUUCAUCUCCACCUCGACCUCCACCUUCACCUCCACCUCCACCUCCGUCCCAUCCCACUGUCCCCGAUGGGGUGGAAGCAGCACAGCCAGAUGAGCAGCCAACUCCAUCACUGGGUCCCCAGAGACAGGAUGUCGGACCCCUGGACAAUCGGGCAGCUUUCUACAGCGCGGGACAGGACCAGCCUGUCGUGCAUCACGUCCCGAAUGCAGCAGCAACCGCUCACCCUGCAGCUCCUCCAUAGCCAGAUAACAAUGUCACAGCGCCGCGGAUCGUGUACCGGACUUUUCAUAGAUACCUGCCAGAUGGAAGUGUGACGUACCGGUUCAGUGUACCGAGCACCAAGAAGACAGAAAAGAAAAAGUUCGUGAAGCAGCACCACGGUGGGCCGUACGUGAAGAAGCCGCUCAACGCCUUCAUGUUGUUUAUGAGAGACCAGAGGCCAAAUUACGCGGCCCAAAUAAAGAUUAACGGGUGUGUCGCGAUCAGCGCCAUCCUAGGACAGAAGUGGAAGUCUCUGUCCGACGAAGAGCAGGCCGAGUUCUACAAACAGGCCGACCGAGAGAAACGCCUCCAAGCUCAGCGCCACCCUGGCUGGACCGCCGCCGACAAUUUCGGAGUAAGGAAGGGCAGGAGAAUGGCCGCCAAACUGGCCGAAGCUUGGUCUGCAACGAGAGAGGUCACCCAGCAGGCCAAGGAGCUGACAGAUGACAUGCCAGCACCCCCAGACGUGGAGUCGGGCGACAAGGCGAACGGAGAGGAUUUGGUCAAAGAAGUGGAAGCCAUGCUAGCGACCCUGGAGCAGUCAGAUCUUCAGCCCUCGGACUUCUGUCCGUAUCGACAAUGACCCCCCUGUCAAUGCGUUGGGUAUCCCUAUCCAUCUUUCCCCCUCUAUGUCCCUCUCUCCCCCCCUUCUGGGCGACACAGUGGCUCAGUGGUUAGCACUGCAGCCUCACAGAUAUGGAGCCAAAUCCAGGCCAAUAAUUUUGAUAAUUUUAUACCUGAAAAUUCAAGUUGUGUUUUUUUUUUUUUAUUCCUGAAGGUGGUAGAGGCACUCAUGAUGCCACGCCCCCCACACCAAAAGUCUGAAACUGAAAAAAUGAUCCGAAACUGAAUCUCCAAAAAAAGAUUGGAAACAUAGAAAUGUGAAAAUGUUAAAUCUGCAACUGAAAAAUGACAAAAUAUAUGUUAUUCAAAUAAAUUCCUGAACUGACUGU